CCGGGCCGGGCCAAACGGCGGCGGCGGCGGCGAUGCCGGGCCGGGCGGAGCCGUCGGGGGGACGCACGGUGGCGGCGGCGGCGGCGGCGGCGGCGGGGCCGGUAGCGGUGCCCGUCCCGGUAGCCCCCGGAGCGGCGGGGCGACCGGGAGGCGCGGGGCUGCGAGCCAAAGGUUUCGCCAUCACCGACCUGCUGGGGCUGGAGGCUGAGCUGCAGCCGCCCCCCGGUCCGCCCCCCGCCGCCGCCGGUGGCUACGAGGGCGGCGGGACUCUGGGCUUGGGGUUGGGGCUGCUCUGCGGUUUGGGGGGACCGGGGACCCCCUGCCUGCUGCCCGCCCCGCUACCGCUGCUGCCAGCCCGUGGUCCCCGCCCGCCCCCCGGGCCGCCCCCCGCCGCCCGCCGCCACAAGGAGAAUAUCUCCGACGAGGACAGCCUCUCCGGGGACGCCAGCGACCUGAAGAUGCCCACGUCCCAGAUCAAGAGGAAGAAACGCCGGCACAGGACGGUGUUCACAGCUCACCAGCUGGAAGAGCUGGAGAAGGCUUUCAACGAAGCUCACUACCCUGACGUCUAUGCCCGGGAGAUGCUGGCCGUGAAGACGGAGUUGCCGGAGGACAGGAUACAGGUUUGGUUUCAGAACCGAAGAGCCAAGUGGCGGAAGCGGGAGAAGUGCUGGGGCCGGAGCAGCGUGAUGGCCGAGUACGGCCUCUACGGGGCCAUGGUGAGGCACUCCAUCCCUCUGCCCGAGUCCAUCAUCAACUCCGCCAAGAGCGGGCUGGUGGGAUCCUGCGCCCCAUGGCUGCUGGGCAUGCACAAAAAGUCCAUGGAGGUGAGCAGGAAGGCGGAGAGCCAAGAGAAGCUGGCAGAUGGCUGGCGAGCGGAGCAGGAGGAGGAGGAACUCAAAGGGAAGCAGGCCAGUUCCCAGAGGGGCUCCGACAAGCUUGGCCCUGCAAAAGAUUCGGAGGACACAGCCAUCGACCUCUCCAGGACAGCCAAGCACGAGAAGAGGGGCGUACUGAGGCAGUGCAUCAACGGGGACCCCCCCCCGGAGCAGAAGGACAGGGACCGCUGAGCUCGGGCUGCCCCGGAGGAGGCCAGACCUCGCAGCUUCCUGGCGAGAUAAUAGUAUUUAUUGAUUUAUUGAGAUAUAUAUAUAUAUUUUUCUUAAACAAUUGAACUUUUAUCUGAAUUCAGGGCAUUUUAAAACUGGGCACACACAUCCCCUUGUCCCCUCAUUUUCAAGCUGUUCAUUUCUCAGCAGAGCCAGGGUGGAGGGUGGGAGAGGUGUCCCAGCGGGGCCAAGAGCAGUGAGAAAAUGAGACCGCGUUGUGGUCAGCACGGACUGCUGCUGGGGAAGAGCCGUCCUUCCCCUCUGGGCUGUGAACGCUUCCCCGGCUAGCCAGGAGCACAAAGAGCAGCAAUGCAAUGGGAGUCGCUCCCUUCUCAAAUGCGCAGGUGCAAAGACGGUGCAGGAGUUUACAGAUGCCUUUUCCGAGCACUUCCACCCCUGCACAGCACCCGUGGGGCAAGUCCCUCCGCUUUGAGCACACAAUUCUUCCACCUCGAGGAGCAGCAGGGUUUUUAAACACGGUAGGGUUCAUCCUCAAGCUGGUGUAACCUGACGGACACACCAGUUUAUACCUCCUGAGGAUCUGGCCUGCCAAUGCAGCCUUAUCACUGGAUUUACACUGUGUAGCUUCCUUAACUCAUAUUUGGGAGAAGGGGGUAAAGACAUUUUUGUUUAUGCAAUGAUUUUGUACGCUCUUGAAUGUUAUAUCUGCCACGCUAUGCAUAAUAGAACAGACCUUUUUGAAAACCAAGCCAUAAUAUCCCGGAGCAAUUAAAUGAUUUUGUGAAUUGACAUAAGAAGAUAUUUUGUAAUUGUCUGUAAAAAGUGUUAAUGUCAGAGCUGUUUCUUGGUUGUCCUAUAUUUAUGUCUAAAAGCACUUUAGUGAUCUGGAUUUUUGAAUGUGGCUCUUCCUGUUUUGUCCACCAUUUAUUUAUUACACAUCCAUAAAUAAAAUUGUGGUGUAUCUUUUGUUUUCAUG